GGAGGGGCUCUGCCCCCUCCUCAUAGACCCCCUGAGAGGAAGACCUGACCAUUGGCACGUCCAGUCCUGCCUCCUGUCUCUGUUGACUGUGUCUGACAGCAGAUAUCACCUCCUCCACCCACACACCAUGGCAGCACCCUGAACAGUGUCACAUUAGCUGGACCCUGAGCUCCACUGUCCCACAGCGGUGCCUGCAGGCAGGUGACCCCCUCCCUGUCGUUCCUCCCCUCCACCCCGGGACACUGUGCCCGUGCUGGGAGCACUGAGCCAGGGUUCAUGGUGGGGACGCCUGACUCACCUCAUCACCUGACGCUGGGAGGUGAAACCACCACCCUCCAGCCGCUGUUUUUAUCAGCCCCGUGGGACCUUUGUGCCAGCUAGGAGCGGUGGUGUGUUGACGUUUCCUGCGUGCCCAUGGUGACGGUCAUGGUGCAGGGAGUGGUGUGGUGUCAACCCCUGCCCACCACACCCCUCCUCGUUUGGGCAGAGCCCUGGUAUUUAGCAGGUGCCUGCCACCCCAGGAGAGACGUGCUGAGGACAGCGAUCAGGGGUGCUGCUGGCAGCAGUGCUUUCAGAGAGUGCUGCCAGCAUCUCCUCUGCUGGGAGCUUUUUUGCAGGUCUGCUUGGCUGCCGCGAAGAAUGUGGAACCCAAAUCCAGGCAUGCCCGGAGGGGUUCCACCACCACAACUGCAAAUUUGCCCACCUGCCCCUCCAGGAUACCCUGGUCCGGGCACCCCAGCAGGUCCCUACCCUGGCUACCCUGCAGUGCCACCUGGUGCUCCUGGAACCUAUCCCCCAGCACCCCCAGGCGGCUAUCCCUGUGGCCCCCCUCCACCUGGCCCCUACCCACAGGGGCAGCACCCCCAUGGGCACCCCCCACAGGGUCAUCAUGCCCAUGGGCACCCCUAUCCAGGACCACCGGGAAUGCCAGGGUGCCCCCCUGGCCACCAUCAGAAGCACCAUAAGAAGCACAAGAAGAAGCACUCCAAGCACCAUGGAGGGAAGCACUCCGGCAGCUCAAGCAGCUCAAGCAGCAGUUCUGACUCUGACUGAAGAGGACAUCUCCCACUUGCACGGUGGUGAAGAGAAGAAACAUGAAGCUGAACGCCCCAUGGGAACCACCUGCAUGUUGCUCUGCUCCUUUCCUCUUUCUCUCAGAGUGGCGUUUUGCCUACUGAGUGAUUUUCUUGUUUUUAGCUUGUAAAUUCUUUGACCUGGAAUUGCUUUGAGAUGAUGGGCAGCAGCUCCACCCUCUGUAUUUCGGGAGAGUCCACUGCAAGUCACCCCUGGGGCUGCAGGUAGCAGCGCGGGUAGUAUCAUAUGCUGGUUUGCAGUCUGCCGGUGUCCGAGUGUUUUUUCCUUUGCAAUGAUGUCAGCUGUGAACGUGGAUCUCAAGGCCCAUAGAAGUCCUUACAUUUUGCAUGACCUUUCCCAGCUGUAGCAGAAUGGCUGGCCAAGGAAUGCCGUAACUUUCCCCUUGCUGAGCUGUAUGGGUUGCCAUCUUCCACACCAGGGUAAUAAUUAAUACGAAAAAGUAGUGAGCUCUCUUUCUGAAGCCUCUGAGCCAUGGCCAUGGGACUGUGGCAUGCUCACUAAGAAAGGUUAAAAGCCUGGCAGUGCUUUCACCACAACAAUUUUAACACAGGGCUGCUUUUGCUGCCCUUUUAUUUUUGUUUUGCCCAUUGUAAUGGCUCAAGAGGAUCCUUCCCAGCCCCAUUAUCAAGAAGGCUUGGCCACCAGCUAGCGUAACUGGCUGCUGGACCCAGUGGCAUACACACAAGAAGCCUACUGUGGCAGAAGGAAUCUCCAAAUGAGGUGGGGCAGCCCAUCUCAGCCAGAUUCACUGCCAGUGCAGCCUUGUUCGUCCCUGUUGCACUGCUGGCUGGGGGUGCGUGCGUGCUGGGGCAGUGGUAGUUCACUCCUGCGGCUCCUCUCUGGAUGCAGUCGUGUUUCAUCCUGUGGCCCUCGAAGCUCCCUGACAGCUCUCCUUUCCAAACAAGGGAAAACAUGGCAGUGACACUGCGUGGGCACAGCUGCCCACUGCCAUGCCCUUCCCUGCACCCGUGCUGCUGGCUCCUCUGCACCCUGUCCCUGGAGUCCCCUACGGACAACCCAAGCUCUGUCCAGCACCUCCUCCACAUCCCACUUCCACCGCCAUGGAUGUAACCUUACCCCUGUCCUUGGAAGGUUCCCCUGCCCCGCUAUCCAGCCUUGAGACAAACAACUUUUGGAUGGAAGAGGGGCUGAAGAAAGUGUGGGUAAAGGCUGACUCAGGUGCAAUGCCACCUUCAGGGUGGGGAAGGGCACAGCCCUCCUCAAAGAGGUGCACCUGUGGACCUCUGCUCUCCUCACCCAUGAACAGGUGAGGAAAACGAAGCAGGUGAGGAGUGAAGAUAGGGUCUUUGUCGUGCUGAGACACCACAGUUUGAUGGGCACUGGGGGGGUGUGGGGACAGAGGAACAGGUCUGCAAGGGGACUGCUGUAAGCAGCAGGAAGAACUGGAGGAACCCCACUAGCAUCCUGUGGUCCUUCAGGUCCUCAGCGGUGCCCUGUGACCCCUGUGUUGCAGGGACCCCAGCCUUGUGCUCCAGCAUUUGCAAGGAGAGGCAGAAUGCAAAGUUAUCUGGACUUAACAGCUUAGCACCAGGAAAAUAAACUGCUCGUUACAAAUAAUAAAAAAAAGAC